CAAAAUUUGAUUAAAAAAAACUGAAGUUAUUGAAUAAUAGUAAAAUAAAUACAUUAAUUGUUAUUGUAUAUUGGAAAGUUAAGUGUUGACAUUGCGAUGAUCACCUUAAUUUCCAAAGCCUACCAAAGAGGUGGUAACAAAUUUUCGCUCUUUGGAUUUGAGGAAAAUUAUAUUAGAAGAUCGAAAAAUUAUUUUCACACGAGCUGUACAGAUCAACAAAAGCAAACUUCGGAUAGACAUGGAUUACCACCGUCGUCGUUUGUAACAAAUCCGGCGAAGAAAAACUCUUCGAGCGUUUUAAGUUCUUCAACAAUAAACUGUGAAGAUAUAAAAAAGUCUGUUUUCAUUUCACAAUCGUAUGACAUAUUCACGAAUUUGGCUCUAGAGGAUUGGUUAUACAGGCACUUUGAUUUCCGUAUUCACCACGUAUUAUUAUUAUGGGUUAAUGAUCCAUGUGUUGUGAUAGGUCGCCAUCAAAAUCCUUUUAUGGAAACAAAUGUUUCAGAAUUGAAUUCACAAGGAGUUACAGUAGCUCGUCGUAACAGUGGCGGUGGAGCCGUGUACCACGAUCGGGGAAAUCUGAAUUGUACGUUUUUUACACCACGCGAACGUUAUAAUCGGUCGUAUAACUUGAAUAUUUUAACACGGGCUCUCUUUCGAGAAUGGGCCAUUAAAUCAGAAAUAAAUGAACGUGAUGAUAUUUGUAUUAACAAGAAAAAGCUUUCUGGAACUGCUGCAAAACUUGGGUACCCAAAUGCUUAUCAUCAUUGUACACUGUUGGCUAAUACUAAUAAACUGAGUCUUGGAACAUGUUUAAGCAAAGGAAAGGUUAAUUACAUUACCAACUCUACUCCUUCUGUACGUUCGCCCAUUAAAAAUUUAUGUGAACUAAAUCGGAAUGUCAAUAUCUCGCAAUUGAUAUCUGCGAUUGGUUAUGAAUACCUGAGAACUUCUGCUACCGAGUUAGAAGAUGGCGGCAACCAACAAAUUAUGAAGCAACGUGGUUUUCAACUAAUCAAUCCGACGGAAAAGUGGUUCCCAGGAAUCGAUGAUUUAAGAACAGAGUUCACUUCCUGGGAAUGGAUUUAUGGAAGAACUCCAAAAUUCUCCGUGGAAAAAGAAUUAUUUUUAAAGGAUAACGAUAAACAACAUAAAAUAAUCCUAAAUGUGGAAGUGGAAAAGGGUAUAAUCAAUGACGUAACUAUUACGAUGCCAAAUAAGGAACGUCUACCGGUGGUAUCCAGUUUACACCAUAAAUGCUACAGUGAAUUGAAUUUAAAUAAAAUUUUGAACGCGUUAAAGCUAGCUUCCACUGAUAACAUAAUGCAAGCUAUCAACGGUCAUUAAUACUUUAAUAAAUAAAUGGCCUUUCAUCUUUAUUGUUAAUAAAUGUUUAUAAAAAAUUGUGA